GAUCCGAAGAAACAGGGUCCUUUAUUAAGCGUGCGUGUGCUUUUUGGCCUCUUGCAUGAUCCAAAAGGUUGCUGUUUUGUUCUUUUUUAUUAUCUCUGUGUUGAAGUUUAUGGCCUUUCCAUCUUCUUCACUGUCGGCCAUCGAUUCUUUUUCUGUUGGUUUUUGAUUGAAUCUUUGAAAACCCACAAAUAAGAUUCCCCAGUUCUUUUCUUUCUUCUGUUUUGGCGGAGGAUUUAGAGAGAGAUUUGCGGGGUUUGUUGGUGAUAUUUUUACAGUGUUGGGAUUGAACAGGGGUGUUAGUGUUAGAGAAAACAGAUUGUGUUCGUGUAGAUCUUUGAUGUUUCAUGGUGGAGAUAAAGAUUUGUUUGUGGGUUUUAGAGAAUCAAGUUUUUGUGAACUCACAGGGAGUUUUGGACCCUCUUAAGGAUUGGUUCUUGGUUUUGAGAAUACGUGGGUUUGGGAUUCAAAGCUCUUGAAGAAGUAACAGAGUCUGGUUCUGGUUUUGGUUUUGGUGAAUGAAGAAGAGAUUGAGACAAUUGAAUUGCGAGGAUGAAUAAAUGUUGAGAUUCUGUGGAAUUACAGAGUCUGGCUUUGGUUUCUGUUUCAAACGGCAAUCUGCUAUGGGGAUUUUGGAUUCUAAAGGUUCCUAAUUUACUUCUGUGAACAGAUGCUCAAGAAGAAGAAGAGAUAAAAGAAGAAACUUUUCUCUGUUACUAAAAAAUAAAAUGAUUACUUUCAUGGAUUCAAAAGAGAAAGUGAAAGAUGUGGACAAGUGCUUGGAUUCUCAGCUAUGGCACGCCUGCGCCGGCGGCAUGGUCCAAAUGCCGGCGGUGAACGCCAAGGUCUUCUACUUCCCUCAAGGUCACGCAGAGCACUCCUUUGGGUCCAUCGAUUUCAGGGCCUGCCCCAGAGUCCCUCCUUACAUUCUCUGCAGAGUCUCCGCCCUCAAAUUCAUGGCGGAUCCAGAUACCGACGAGGUCUAUGCCAAGAUUAGGCUGAUACCCAUUAAUGGCAAUGAACCCAAUUUUGAUGAUGAAGCGAUAGAAAGGAUUAGUGGGUCUGAAGGACAUGAUAAGCUGGCUUCAUUUGCUAAAACAUUGACUCAAUCUGAUGCAAAUAAUGGUGGUGGAUUCUCUGUGCCGCGGUACUGUGCGGAGACAAUUUUCCCCCGGCUGGAUUACUCGGCGGAUCCACCAGUGCAGACCAUUCUGGCCAAGGAUGUCCAUGGAGAGACUUGGAAGUUUAGGCAUAUUUAUAGGGGGACUCCUCGGAGGCAUUUGUUGACUACAGGUUGGAGUACUUUUGUGAACGAUAAGAAGCUUGUAGCUGGUGAUUCAAUUGUGUUUUUGAGAGCUGAAAAUGGUGAUCUUUGUGUUGGGAUUAGAAGGGCUAAGAGGGGAAUUGGGGGUGGCCCUGAAUCGGGUUCAUCCGGGUGGAAUGGGAACUGUGUUGUCCCUUACGGAGGGUUCUCGGCCUUCUUGAGGGAAGAUGAGAAUAAGAUGAUGAGAAAUGGGAAUGGUUCGAGCUCGAAUUUGGGAAUGGGAGGGAAAGGGAAAGUGACGCCUGAAUCAGUUAUUGAGGCUGCAACACUUGCGGCCAGUGGACAACCUUUUGAGGUUGUUUACUAUCCGCGAGCAAGUACACCUGAGUUCUGCGUGAAAGCAUCGCUGGUGAAGGCAGCAAUGCAGAUCAGAUGGUGUUCGGGGAUGAGGUUUAAGAUGCCUUUUGAGACCGAGGAUUCUUCAAGAAUCAGUUGGUUCAUGGGAACUAUAUCUUCUGUUCAAGUCGCUGAUCCCCUUCGCUGGCCUGAUUCGCCUUGGAGGCUUCUCCAGGUUACGUGGGAUGAGCCAGAUUUGCUUCAAAAUGUGAAGCGCGUUAGCCCUUGGCUGGUGGAAUUGGUAUCAAACACGCCGGCCAUCCAUCUCUCCCCAUUUUCUCCACCGAGAAAGAAGUUGAGACUGCCUCAACAUCCAGAUUUCUCACUCGACAGCCAACUCCCUUUCCCAACAUUUACCGGAAACCUCGUUGGGCCUAACAACCCCUUCGGUUGUCUACCCAACAACUCUCUUGCUGGCAUGCAGGGAGCCAGGCAUGCUCAUUAUGGUUUAUCUCUAUCAGAUAUCCAUCUCAAUAAACUACACUCGGGUCUAUUUCAGGCCGGUUUCCUGCCAAUUGAUCACUCUGGUACAACACCGCCUAGAGUCUCCACUAGCCCCAUUGUUCAAAAGCCUGGUAUGAGUGAGGAUGUUUCUUGCUUGCUAACCAUGUCAAAUUCCAUUCAGACUUCAAAGAAAUCUGAUGGCGUGAAGACACCCCAACUCAUCCUCUUUGGUCAACCAAUACUUACUGAGCAACAAAUCUCCAACAGCUCUGGAAAUAGUUCAUCUGAAGGGAAUUUAGAUAAGAUGGCGAAUAUUUCAGAUUGUUCCGGGUCUGCUCUUCAUCAGCGGAGCCAACAAGAGCCUUCUCCAUGUGAAGGAUUCCAAUGGUUUAAAGAUAAAUGUCAAGAAUCUGAAUCCAAUUUAAAGAUUGGUCACUGUAAAGUUUUCUUGGAACCGGACAACAUUGGGCGUACCCUCGAUCUUUCAUCAGUUGGGUCUUACGAAGAAUUGUACAGAAAGCUCGCAGACAUGUUCAGCGUAGAAAACUCUGAAACACUAGGCAACGUCCUUUACCGCGACGUUGCUGGUGCAGUCAAGCACAUUGGAGAUGAACCCUUCAGUGAGUUCAUGAAAUCAGCCAAAAGGUUGACGAUUCUUAUCGAUUCAAGCAGCGACAAUGUAGGAAUGUAGAGAGAGGAAUAAUAAGCCCCCUGCUUUCAGAUGUACAGCAGAAGCUCUUGAUCGUUUUCAUGUGUUCAAGUGCUGACAUCUUUUCUUCCUUUGAUCCUGUGGAAGGAAGGAACUCUUCCAAAUUUUUGAUUAUAUUUAAUUUAUAUCUACUUGAAUUUUGUAAUUUGUUUUUUGUUCCAUUGCAAAGAAAGAAAACUUUUUGUCUAA